AUGAAAAGCCCUACAAUCAAAUAUUUUACGUUUCCAAAAGACUCUAAAUUUAUUGAGGCAUGGCGUAAAGUAUGCAGAGAUGAAAUAAAUGUGACGUAUGCAAGGAUAUGUUCGAAGCAUUUUGAGUCCUGGUGCUUUGAGAAGUCAGCACAACAGGUUGCUUUAAACUAUUCACCUUUAAGAGGACGGAAAUUACGAGUGGACGCAAUCCCCACACUGCAUUUAUGUUCGGAAUCGCAUAUGGCUGCAGAGAUACAUAAGACAACACAAUCCAUUGAUUGUGCAUCAAAGAAAACUCCUGAAGCAAUGCAGAAGGAUAUCCAACUGAUAAAUUCACAAAUAGUGUUGGACAGUGCUGAUGUGGCAUCAUCCGAAGUUUUUCAUGUAGAAGCAGAGAAUACUGAUUAUGUACAACAACUGAAGACAACUCCAAAUCCAGUAUUCAAUAAUAAUACCGAAGUAGCAACAUCAUCUUCCACAAUAAUGUAA